AUGCUCAACGCGGACAAGGAGUUUCUGGCCCAGAAGGUCGCGCCACACAGGGACUUUUACAACGUGCGCAAGGUGGACACGCACAUCCACCACAGCGCUUGCAUGCACCAGAAGCACCUGCUGCGGUUCAUCAAGAGCAAGCUCAGGAAGGAGCCGGACGAGGUGGUCAUUUUCAGGGACGGCAAGUACCUGACGCUGCGGGAGGUGUUUGAGAGCCUCAACCUCACCGGCUACGACCUUAACGUGGACACACUGGACAUGCACGCCGACAAGAACACCUUCCACAGGUUUGACAAGUUCAACCUGAAGUACAACCCCUGCGGCCAGAGCAGGCUGAGGGAGAUCUUCAUCAAGCAGGUCUGA